GCCAACUCCAUAAAAUCAACGUGUUCUGCACUUUCCACUUCUCCCCCCUUCUUCCCCUUCGUUCUCUCUCCAUUUUCACCUCUCCAUCUUCUUCUUCCUAAUUUCUUCUAAUCAAAUAAUUAAAUUACCUUUUACUUCAUCAUAAUUCCCAGUUUCUAAAGAAAAUUCAACAACCAAUUCAAUUUCACAAAGGAUUGAAAAAAAUAAACCCAGAAAAACGUGAAUAAUGUUAACGUGCAUAGCUCGUCCGAAGCAACAACAGGGGCAUAACAGUCAUCAUCAUAAUCAUCAACAUCAACACGACGAUCCAGACUCCGUUCACACUCCCAACAGUAAACAAGCCAUUAAAACCCUAACUUCUCAGAUCAAAGGAAUAGCAUUAAAAGCAUCAGGGGCGUACAAAUGCAACCCAUGUUCACACCCCAACUCGGGCGGACCAACCGGGUCAGGUUCGGGUCAACUCAAGAGCUACACCGAGUCAGAGACUGGCUCAGAGAAGUUGAAGCCGCCAAGGGCAUUUAAACGGACGUUGAGCGCGAACUCGUCGUCGUCGGCGGCGACGCCGAGGUGGGGGAAAGAGAUGGAGGCGCGGUUGAAAGGGCUGUCUGUUGGCGGCGAGGUAACGCCGGUGAUGUCCGUGUCGGCGAGUGGGCGGCGACUUGACCCGGUUGUGUUGGUGGAGGAAGACGAACCUAAAGAGUGGGUUGCUCAGGUGGAGCCCGGCGUUUUGAUCACUUUUGUUUCUUUGCCACGUGGCGGCAAUGAUCUUAAGCGCAUUCGAUUUAACCGAGAAAUGUUCAACAAAUGGCAAGCCCAAAAAUGGUGGACGGAUAACUACGAGAAGAUCAUGGAACUGUAUAAUGUUCAGAGGCUUAGUCGUAACGCCUUUCCUCUUCCAACUCCCCCAAGAUCUGAAGAUGAUAACAGCUCUAUGAAUUCAAAAAUGAUGGAGUCAUCAAUUGGUGACAGUCCAGUUACACCACCAUUAAGCAAAGAAAGUAUACCACGUAACCUUUACCGUGGAAUGAGCAUUGGUAUGGGAUACUCAUCCUCAGAUUCUUUCGAACAACAUUCAAAGCAAUCACGUCAAUAUGAAUCAAGUGGUCUAGCCUCAACACCAAAACAUUCCAACAUUAGUGGAGUUACUGCAAAGACAGAACUAUCUUCUAUGGAUGAGUCACUAAGAUCUACCUCUUCUAGAGAAGGAGAUCGUUCUGGAGAACUGUCAAUUAGUAAUGGCAGUGAUAUGGAGAGUGAGUGGGUUGAAGAAGACGAGCCAGGAGUUUAUAUUACUAUUCGAGCUUUGCCUGGUGGGCGAAGAGAGCUCAGACGCGUUAGGUUCAGUCGAGAAAAGUUUGGAGAGAUGCAUGCUAGAGUUUGGUGGGAAGAGAAUAGAGCACGUAUACACGAACAAUACUUGUAAUCAGAAAGAUCAAACAAGUACUUGUAAUUGUGAGUAUUGAUGAACAAAGAGGAGCAAGCUAAGUUCUAUCUGUCUAGACUACAUUCUUUAUAUGUUACUACCUCAGUAUAAAUACCUAAAGAGUAAAGAAUGCCUUGUUAUAUAUGGCCUUUGAAGAAGAAAUAUUAUGAACCAACGCAAAUUGGUAGAGUUGGUUACCUUGUGACUUGGAGCCCCAGUCAACUGCAAGUUCAGUAGGAUCCCUAUAUAUAUAUGUGCUGCAUGUAUCGAUAACUUCAGAAGGCAUUCUAUUCGCUGUUUUUUUUUUUUUUUUUUUUUUUUCUGUUCUAUUUAUUCUCUUUUUGUUCUGAUGACUUCUGGUGUAUGCAACUGGUAUAAGGGAAUACUGGUGAGUACAAGUUUAGAAGGAUUAGACCUUAAAUGUUGACAAGCAGAUAUGUAAACAGACAACCAUGUUAAUGGCAAGGUUCUUCCAAGGGAAAGAAAUGAUGCAAUCUCAAUUUGGUAUAUCAGAAUCUAUAAUGAGACCUAGUAUAUACGAA